UUCUUUCAAUUGGCAAUUUAUUUUCUAUAUCUAUACAAGCUACGUGCAUUAACUGCACUGUUGGCUUUACUGGUACAAGGUUCAAGAAAUAUGAUAACGAAGGCGAUAGCUUUGGCUUUUUGGCUUCCUUUUAUUGUGGGACUGAAUCCCUUUGAAAAUGAAGAUCUUUUUGAAGGCGAUAUGGUCCUUUCUCAAGAUCAACUCAAGGAAGUAGAAGCAGGGAUGGUCGACAUCCAAAAUGGCUUUGCAGCUUCAAAAAGGAGACAGUGGCCAUUACCAAUUGCUUAUGAAUUUGAUCCUUCAAUAGCUAGAUAUCCUAAAGCCAUUGCCGUCAUAAACGCAUCACUUGCUGAGUUUGAGGAGAACACUUGUCUUCGAUUCAAAAGAAGAACAGACGAAUCUGCAUAUAUCUAUUUCUAUAAAGGAGGAGGAUGUCACUCUCGUGUUGGCUUCGGAUAUGGAAAAAGACCAAUCUCCCUUUCAUCGUGGUGCUGGUACAAAGGUGCGGUCAUUCACGAGAUCGCACAUGCACUCGGCUUCUAUCAUGAACAAAGUCGUCCUGACAGAGACAGCUACGUCAAAAUUAUUUGGAAAAAUAUCCCGAAAAAGGCAUGGGGAAACUUUCAAAAGUAUUCAGUCCGAACAAUCGAUUCAUUAGGUGUCCCAUAUGACUUUGACAGUGUCAUGCAUUACGCCAGCAAAGCUUUCAACGGAAGAAAUGUCACCAUUCAGCCACUUGAUCCGAAUCAGAAGAUCGGGCAACGAAAGAAGCUCAGCAAGUUAGAUAUUCUGCAGUUGAAUCUCCUCUAUAGAUGUGCAGGAUAUACAAAUCCACCAAAGACAGCAAUUGUUUCUACCGUCUCUCCUGUUAAAUCUUCAUAUGUAACAAAGCCAGUUAAAACCACUCUUCAGUCAACAAAACAGCCAGUGACAACGCCCAGCCUAUCCACUGUCAAGCCAACAACAAAAGUUUUUUAUAGGCAAUUGCUGGUAUGUGAAAAUCGCACACGAAGUUUUAGCUGCUCCUUUGGCUCUGUGGUGAAAGUGGAGUAUGCCAUGUAUGGACGACAAAUUGGAAUGUACUGUCGCUGGGGACCUGUGAAAUCUAUAAACUGCAAGGUACCAGAUGCCCUUCCACGAGUCAGAGCGCUUUGCGAGGGAAAACAAUAUUGCAAAAUGCAAGCAAAUGAUUUGUUCUUUGGUUACGAUCCAUGCCCAGGAACAUUCAAAUAUCUUGAAGUGCGGAUGGGAUGUGCAAGGAAUUAAGUUCAUGUUUGGAAAUAUUAGUUUGCAUGAUGUGAUAUGUAAAAAAUUGUAGUAAAAGCGCUUUCUAUUAUUCACAAUUACAAACAAUAAGUUAGCUUUGACAGAUAAUUUAUAGGUAAUUUACAGAUUAUUUAUAAAUUAUAAACAUCUGGGAGUUUCAAGCUGUUAGAUGAAUCUUACAAAAGUUCUUGUCUUUAUAAUCUGAUAGCUAUUUAGAUCACAACUCUGGCCGUGCGCUGCGAAGCACCUAACGUAGGCAUUAGGAAUUACCUGCGCCAGGUUGGCAUCAUGCCAGUACCGUAAAUCCUUGAAUAAGCCCCUAGGGGCUUAUUUGCAAAAAUGAAUUUUUGGAUGGGGGCUUAUUCGACGGGAGGCUUAUUCGAGGGAGGGGGCUUAUUUCAAAGUUUAGUGUUUUCCUCAAAGGUCAAAAUAAAAACGACAUAAUUUUUCUAACAAAUCUAACAAAGAACUAACAAAUAUUAUAAUUUUCAUAUUAUUAUUAUCAUCAC